AUGGAAUCCACUAUGAGUUACAACCUGGACAUUACGCCGAAUUAUUCGUACAUUUUUGAAUUUGAAAACGAGUUUAUACAUCAAAAUUCUAGGAAGUGGAUGACUGAGAAUUGGACUGUCGCUUUCUAUUAUGUUGGGAUAUACAUGGCUUUUAUAUUUGGUGGUCAAUAUUACAUGCAGAAUAGACCCAGGUUCGAGCUUCGUCGAACGCUGAUCAUAUGGAACUGCAUGCUGGCUGCCUUCAGUAUAAUGGGAGCAUGUCGUACGCUGCCAGAGUUCAUACACGUACUACGGAACCAAGGAUUCUACCACUCCAUUUGCGUGCCAAGUGUGAUGUAUUCGUACUACGCGUUGGUCAGUAUGGGUAAGUAUCCGCCUAAGAUGCUCGCUAUGACGAUCACGGUGCUGCAACUGACUCAAAUGAUAGUCGGCUGUGCUAUCAAUGUAUCGGCUCACAACUAUCUGUCAAGUGUCCCGCCUCGAGCGUGCGGCAUCAGCCAAAUAAACAUCAAGCUAUCAACAGCCAUGUACUUCUCCUACUUCGUGCUAUUCUCGCAAUUCUUCUACAAAGCAUACUUCUCGCCGAAGUCCGGCAAAAAGGCGAAGACCGAACCCAUACAAGAUAUACCCAAGGUGUCCAAAAAGAUCGAACCGAACAGCUAUCCCAGACAGAGGAAUGGUGUCGUACACUAG